UAAUCAAUGCCCUUGGUUAUUUCUCUGGUUUACAGGCUGAGAGGAGAGAGGGGAGAGAUGGUCCUACUCUUAGCAUGGGGUAGAGUAGGGAUAAAGACUCCUCUGUUUUCUGUUUUAUACUUACUAAAUGUACCCAAUGAAAACGGGUCAGAAGCUACUGCCGUUCCUGGGGAGAGUACUAAAUAAGCUUGAUCAAAAUGAAGGCACUACUCAUUGCUGCAAUUCUCUUGGUUGGACUGUUGGCAAUGGGCAGCGAGGCCAUUCCAUCAAACCGCUGGUCCUGCUACAAGAAAGUCUUGAAGGACAGGGACUGUCGCAAUGUUGGCAUCUCCAACGGAGUUGCGACCAUGCGACCCAUCGAUUCCCUGCAGAACCAUUUCUGGGAGGGGAACAAAUGCGACAUGGUGUGCUACUGUAACUUCAGUGAGCUCCUCUGCUGCCCAAGGGAUGUCUUCUUUGGACCCAAAAUCUCCUUUAUAAUUCCAUGCAAAACCAUCUGAGCCAUCAGUCGUUUGAAUGGACAGUGAACACGGACGGUGCAAUCUUCUGAAUUGAACCAAGAGUAAAGAGUAAAUGGGGCCAAGGGGGAUGGGCCCAUCCAUUCCGGACUACAGAAUUACAUGCAUUUCAUUCUUCACUUGGAGACAGCUACAACAACGACAAGUUCAGAAGGCUGGAGCUAAAAUAAAAAGCACAAGCUUUGAAGCUGAAAAAAAGAGGCCCAUCUUUCACAAUACAUGGGCCUACAAAUAAAAUGCAUUAUUUUCAGUCUAGUAAAAUAAAGGUAAAAUAAAAUAAAAAUAAAUAAAAGGCUACAGUUCAACAGUUGUAUAUCUGACUUGGCAGACCCUUCAUUUGGCAUUCGCAAUGAUGUGACACUCCCCAUUAUCUACACCCAAACGUAAACAGAUAGUUGUAGUACAGUAAUACCACGAGUGUGCCUUUAUAUUGAGUUGUUGCACAUCCCAAAAUAUUAUUCAAUAGUUAAUAGUAUGCCAUUCGUGAGAGACAUUCCAUUUUAUAUUCAAGGCUAUUAAAUGCCAUAAAUGUCAGCAGGAUCAUAAAAUGUGAUGUUGUGAUGAGCCUAUGAAAGAUGAUUUUACAUGGCUGAAACAAGUAGGCUGUUCAACUGUAUUGUAAAUGUCUUUGCAAAAGGAUUAUAGUACUGUGUGUGUUACUAGGCCUAACUAACUGUAAGUCCUUCUGGAUCAGAGUGUCUGCUAAAUGACUAAAAUGUGAAUAAUAUAGCACUACAGAUCACCUAGACUGGUGGAGCUGUUUAAACAAGUUGUUCUACUGCUCCAUGACAUCUCCCUGUACUUAUCCAAUGAUUUUGUGUCAAUUACAACACUGUAUGUGAGAAUAUUAAUAAACAGAUCGGUUUGAGUGUUA